GCGCAUCCGUUUGCCUCCCCAUUGACGUCACCUCGGUGUCACAUGACCAAGAGAGGACCAAUCCAACAGCGCUAUCGGAGAGCUCGGUUCCUCCACGAAGAUAGAGAGAGAGAAGGAAAAAAAAAAGACAGAAAAGGGAACCAUGUCUACGAGCAUUUAAAGAACGAAAAAAAAAGCCUACGGAGAAACCUCGUCGCUUUUGGAUUCUGUCUUUCUGUCUUACUGUAACCGUGUACGCGUUGGAGUGGCCGAACGGAAUAUGCUGUCGUGGAGAGUGACAGAAUGGAUAUGGCAAUGGCCCGAACAUAUUGAAUAGCUCGUUGGACGGAGGGAGCGUUAACGAGGGGGAAAAAGACGUUUUGACUGGGAACAGGGAGAAAAAAAAACACUGGACUGUUCCACAUACACAAUCCGUUUCUUCGUCCACGUACACUUUCGUGACGGAUUCUUCGGCUAAUGGCUUUUCUCGCCGUCCCUCGCCUGUGUCUGUUUUACGCCCUUAGCACUGUUAAAACGACUGAGGUCGAAUCGCGGUAGGUUUCUGUAGCCGAGGCUAACAUACUGAGGCGACCGUUGGGAUUCGUUUUUUUAAACAUAUAUAUUCCUCGUGAACUACAACCGACCGCAUUCGGACCGUUGGCACAGUGAAAAGGUUAACCAUGGAUUUUAACGGUAGCGGUGGCGGCAAUGAGCUUCACAACAACCAGUUUUAUCCGUGCGAGGAGAGCAAGCCUUUGCUGGGCGAGAUGUCUACGCCGACACCGCCAGAGGGGAAUAACAACGCGAAGCAGGGCGCAGGGCCGCCGUGCCGGAGGAGCCUCCUCCUCCCCUGCAGCAGCGGCAUGAGGUACAAGCUGCUCCAGGAGGGCGACAUUCAGGUGUGUGUGGUAAAGCACCCGCGGACCUUCCUCAGUAAAAUCCUCACCUCAAAGUUCCUGCGGAGAUGGGAGCCUCACCACCUCACCCUGACGGACAGCAGCCUCGUCUCCGCCACGCCUACAGGCUACAUGGAGACUGCUCUGUCCUACAGUUGUAUAGAGGAUCUGCAGUUGCUGUCUUGGGACAAUGCCCCCAAAUACUGUGUCCAGCUCAGUGUCCCUGGAGGGACCGUCCUUCUGCAGGCUGCCAACAGCUAUCUUCGGGACCAGUGGUUUCACUCUCUGCAGUGGAAGAAAAAGAUCUAUAAGUACCGUAAGGUGCUGAAUAACCCAAGUCGCUGGGAGGUGGUGCUGAAGGAGAUCCGAGCUCUCGUGGAUAUGGCCCUCACUUCCCCGCUACAUGACGAGUCCAUCCACCAGGCUCCAUUGCACAUCAUCUCUACCCUGCUUGCUGAGAACACAAACCUCAGCGCCCAGGACCAUGAGAACAUCAUUGUGGCCAUUGCUCCUCUUCUGGAGAAUAACCACCCUCCCCCUGACCUGUGUGAAUUCUUCUGCAAGCAUUGUCGGGAACGUCCGCGGUCUAUGGUGGUCAUCGAAGUGUUCACCCCAGUGGUCCAGAGAAUUCUCAAACACAACAUGGAUUUUGGAAAGUGCCCCAGAUUGCGUCUCUUUACACAGGAGUAUAUUUUGGCUCUGAAUGAACUCAACGCUGGCAUGGAGGUGGUCAAAAAGUUCAUUCACAGCAUGCACGGCCCCACUGGACAGUGCCCUCACCCUCGGGUCCUCCCUAACCUGGUGGCAGUGUGCCUGGCUGCCAUCUACUCCUGCUAUGAGGAGUUUAUUAACAGUCGGGAUAACUCCCCUAGUCUGAAGGAGAUCAGAAAUGGAUGUCAGCAGCAGAGUGAGCGGAAACCUCCCAUGCCUCUGCGGCUGCUGCGGCCUGAACCCCCGACCCCUCCACCACCAACUGCCUUGUCACCCCCUCCACCCCUUCCCCUUUCGCCUCCUCCCUCUAUCGUCAACUCUAGCGAAAUCAUGGUGGAGCUGGAGCGCAACAACAACACUGCCAACGUGCUGCGCAAAACCCCCGCAGGAGGUGACAGUGAGCCCAACCUGAUUGACUGCCUGCUGGUGAGCCCAGCACUCAAUGCCCUCUCAAUUCAGCUCCCCGCCCAAGCCGACAGGGUCCUGGCCUGUUUUGCCCUCAUCCUCAAGAUGCUCUCGGACUAUGACGACUGGAGACCAGCGCUGGCUAGCCUGUUGCAGCCCAUCCCAUUCCCCAAAGAGGCCCUUGCACAUGCCAAAUUCACAAAAGAGCUGAAGUAUGUUAUUCAGAGGUUUGCAGAAGACCCCAGACAGGAGGUACACUCCUGUUUGCUCAGUGUGCGUUCUGGAAAAGAUGGCUGGUUUCAGCUCUACAGUCCUGGGGGUGUUGCUUGUGACGAUGAUGGAGAACUGUUUGCUAGCAUGGUUCACAUCCUUAUGGGUUCUUGUUACAAGACCAAGAAAUUCCUCCUGUCUCUGGCAGAAAACAAACUAGGGCCCUGCAUGUUACUGGCACUGCGGGGGAACCAGACUAUGGUGGAGAUCCUGUGCCUGAUGCUGGAGUACAACAUUAUAGAGAAUAAGGACACUCAGCUGCAGAUCAUCUCUACCCUGGAGAGCACCCAGGUUGGCCUGCGCAUGUACGAACAGCUAUGUGAUAGGCAAAGAGAGCUUAAAGAGCUGCAACGAAAAGGAGGCCCUACUCGACUCACACUGCCAUCGAAGUCCACAGACGCUGACCUUGCUCGCCUGCUGAGCUCCGGCUCCUUUGGAAACCUGGAGAACUUGAGUCUGGCCUUCACCAACGUCACCAGUGCCUGUGCCGAGCAGCUCAUCAAGCUGCCCUCCCUCAAACAGCUAAACCUGUGGUCCACCCAGUUUGGGGACGCUGGGCUGCGACUGCUUUCAGAGCACCUGGCCUGCCUCCAGGUCCUCAACUUAUGUGAGACUCCAGUUACUGAUGCAGGCCUGCUUGCCCUCAGCUCUAUGAAGAGCCUUUGCAGUUUGAAUAUGAACAGCACUAAACUCACUGCAGACACCUAUGAGGAUUUAAAGGCAAAGCUUCCCAACCUGAAGGAAGUAGAUGUUCGUUACACAGAGGCCUGGUAAACGUGUUCAGCAUCGUUGAUUCUCAAGGAACCUCUGACAUCGUUUAAACAUAUGGAUUUACUGACAUCAUCCGAACACAUAGAGCCUUCGACAUCGUCACAAUCACAGACGUUUGCAGAUAAGGACUGUCUUUAUAGGAACAUCGUUCAAACACAAGGACCUUUUGGUGACCUCAGCCCACAGCAGUCGUCCAGUGUCAUCAUCCAAACACAAGGACAUUGUUUGUAGUCACUUCGAAAAUGAAUAUUUAAAAUGACAUCAUCAGAUGGCACGGAUCCUGUUUCUAUUGAUAUCAUGGGGACUGUCAUAGUUCUCUGUCUAUUUCUGGGUGUCUGCCCUUCCCCCUAUUCCUCACCUGUCAGAAGCAUAUGAACCCCCAACAUUAGUUGUGUUCCCUGCAACUGGUUUUCCAUGCAUUAUCUCUGUGUCUUCAGUUGUACACAGAGCAAAACAGCAAAACUUUGGAUUUUACUUCCUUACCUUUUCCCAAGAGACUUAAAAGUUCAGAAGCUCUUUCUCGUCUCAGUCCCCUUUUUGCAACAAGGUGCCAUUUUCCCAGAGGUACACCUUGACUGGUGAGGGUGUUAGCAGUCAGAGCCACAUUCCAGUACAGUUUUGAUAUAUCACCUCUCUGUGGAAAAGCCAAAUAUUCCACGAAAUUUUAAAAUUUAGUUAUUGUUGCAUUUCUGCUCGGUCCUCUCAGUUCAAAUUCUGCCAUUUUCUGUCCUUCGUUAAAAGUUCCUGUUGCCUCUGCAGAAGGGUGGCAGCCAGAGUGUCCACUACUGUAUACACUCAUUUUCACAUCUUUCUCUCUCUCACUCUCACCCUCACACUCUCUCUCUCUCUCUCUCUCUCUCUCUCAAAAAUUUUUAUCAACUUGAAUAAGCAUAUUUUUCCAGACAUCUCUGCUUUCAUAAAUUCUGUGUUUAUAUAAUAUAAAGUAUAUAUAUCUAUAUAUACAUAUAAAUAUAUCUAUUCCCUUUUGACAUUUUAAAAGCAGACAUUGGAGGAGUCUACAGCGCCUACUAGAAAUAGAUUUUUAUCUUUUUUGGCUUUUUUGUCUCAUUGUACAGUGUACAAGUUUGUUCAUGCACCCAUAUUUAAGAGAAUGGUUGUUUGGAAGGUAGUCUGGGACUACUCAAUAUUUAUGAAGCUUCUUUUGUUCUUUUGCUGGGCCCCUCUCUUUAUCACAUCUAUCUCUCUUUUCCAAUCAUAUUAUCAUGGAAUCACUUUUGUCAAUCAAAUGAACCGAGAUGGUGCCUAAAGGACAUUUUCUGUGAAGAGUGCAUCACUUAGCCCUAAAGUGGCUUGGUGUUCGCUAACUGCAGUCUUUGUAAAUACUUCAUCAACUUAACUUUUCAACAAGCUUUUGUUUUUUUAAUACAAGUUCAUCAUCAUGGUUGAAACUUUGUUUUCCUAUAGUGGCCAGUCGGUUUUAACAUACACAUGGAUCCUGCUACAGUGGUUAACAAAAUGUUCUGCACAUUUAUGAGAAAUCAAACGUUAAGCCAUUAUUUGUUUGACAGUCUCGAAUUAACAGUUAUUUUUGUUAUUUUUCACAUUUUAACGUCAUGAAAUGGGCCUAACAUUUCCAGAUGGUUUACCAUUGUUAAUUGAUAAGUCAGGUGUUUGUCAGCAGUAGAAGGAAGAAAUCACCAACUAUGUUAUUGCUUUGUGACACAAAAUGUCUCCAUCCAUAUUCAAUAUGCAAAAGUUAAUAUAGGUAAUGGGCCUAGUCAUUACAGUUUGAGUUAAAUGACAUGCUUUAUUUAGAAGUUAUACUUCGAUUACGAAGCCCUCAGAAGGUGUACAAGACUGCUUGUUUCUUCUCUCCCUGCACUUCCACCCACAGGCAGUCAGACUGUGCUCUGGUUUGCUACCCCAGUCUACUUGUCAAGCCUCUGAUUGGACUAUUUUAUUUUGUACUUUUGAUUAGCCAAGCUUUUGUGGCUUUGUCCAGAAGUGGAACUAUGCGGUAGCUUUAAACUGAGCAUGGAGAUGGACGCCGUCCACUGAGAGUUUAAUACUGUGUGUGCCAUGGAUGGUAGUGGCACCGAGCACCAUUGUGUUCUACCAUCUCGGGUCCUGAUCAGGUCCCUGCGUGGUUGCAUUCUGUAUAAUGUACAUACAAGUGUAUAUAAUUUCCCUCCCCCACUCUGUCUUGUGUAUUUCUCUGUCUCUUUCUCUCAUGUUUUUGGGAGAUUGCUGAUGCCUUCAUUUUCAGGAUGUGUGCGUGUGUGUGGUCA